GUCACUCGCACACAGUACAGUAUGUUUAACACGUAGUACAGUACGCGCAAGAACGGCGUUAAAUUGACCAAAACGCAUUUUUUUAACGCGAUCGAGUCGCGUUACAGUUUUAAAGUUCAUUUCUCAGGUUGUAGGCUCGUUUACAAGUUGCGAAAAUGUCGUUUUUUACAGAUUCGCUCAUCAUGUUUUCGUCACAGAUCAUAUUUUUUGGAUUCGGAUGGCUGUUUUUCAUGAGGCAGCUCUUUAAGGACUACGAGGUGCGCAGGUACCUGGUGCAGAUCGUCUUCUCCGUGACGUUUGCGUUCUCGUGCACGAUGUUCGAGCUCAUUAUUUUCGAGAUCUUGGGCGUGCUCAACACAAGCUCGCGUUACUUCCACUGGAAGCUGGACCUCUACGUCAUCCUCAUCGUGCUGAUCUUCGUCGUUCCCUUCUACAUCGGCUUCUUCGUCGUCAGCAACAUCCGACUGGAAUUACCAAGGAGUUCCUCUUCACCAGCCUGCACUGGCCAGCGUGUGCAAAAGCGGAGGCUGCUCUGCUCCGUGUUCCUCUGGGUCACGUUCAUGUACUUCUUCUGGAAGCUGGGGGACCCCUUCCCCAUAUUGAGUCCACGGCACGGGAUCCUGUCCAUCGAGCAGCUCAUCAGCAGGGUGGGCGUCAUCGGGGUCACGCUCAUGGCCCUGCUGUCCGGAUUCGGCGCUGUCAACUGCCCCUACACGUACAUGUCCUACUUCCUGCGGAGCGUGACGGACGGAGACAUCGCCUCGCUGGAACGACGCCUCCUGCAGACGAUGGACAUGAUCUGUAGCAAGAAGAAGAGGAUGGCUGUGAUUAAGCGCGAGCUGGUGCAGAGGGGAGGCGAGGAGAGGAAGCCGCUGGGAAUCUGGAGCAUGAUCCGCAGCGUCGCGUCGCCAACGCCCGGCAGCGAGAACCUCUCGCUUCUGCAGCAGGAGGUGGACGCGUUGGAGGAGCUGAGUCGGCAGCUGUUCCUGGAGGUCGUCGAUCUCCACGCCAACAAGGAGAGAAUCGCCUACUCGAAGACUUUCCAGGGAAGGUAUUUCAACGUCAUGGGUUAUUUCUUCUCAAUCUACUGCGUAUGGAAAAUUUUCAUGGCCACUAUAAAUAUCGUGUUUGACCGAGUUGGAAAAACGGACCCAGUGACCCGCGGAAUUGAAAUCACUGUCAAUUACCUGGGCAUUCAUUUUGACGUUAAGUUCUGGUCUCAGCACAUUUCAUUUAUCCUCGUUGGGAUUAUCAUCGUCACGUCUAUCCGAGGCCUCCUCAUCACUCUCACUAAGUUUUUCUACGCUAUCUCAAGCAGCAAGUCAUCGAAUGUCAUCGUGCUCGUGUUGGCUCAGAUCAUGGGCAUGUACUUUGUGUCCUCGGUGCUGCUCAUGCGCAUGAGCAUGCCGCCCGAGUACCGCGUCAUCGUCACGCAGGUGCUCGGAGACCUGCAGUUCAGCUUCUACCACCGCUGGUUCGACGUCAUCUUCCUCGUCAGCGCCCUCUCCAGCAUGGCCUUCCUCUACCUGGCGCACAAGCAGGCUCCAGAGAAGCACAUGCUUCUCUAGCAGCGGCUGCUGAAACGACGGCGGCAGCAGCAGCAGCAGCAGCUAGAGUGGAAGCAAAAGCAGCAGCAGCUGAAGCAGCAGUAACACCUCAAGCAGCAACAGCAGCUAAAGUAGCUAAAGUGGAAGCAGCAGCAGCAGGAGCUCCUAAAUUGGAAGCUGCAGCAGCGGAUGAAGCAGCAGCAGCAGCUAAAGGGGAAGCAGGAGCUGAAGCAGCAGCAGCAGCCGAAGCAGCCGAAGCAGCAGGAGCAGCUGAACCAGCAGCAGUAGCUAAAGCAGCAGCAGCUGAAGAAGCGGCAGCAGCUGAACCAGCAGCAGCAGCUAAAGAAGCGGCAGCAGCUGAACCAGCAGCAGCAGCUAAAGCAGCAGUAGCUGAAGAAGCGGCAGCAGCUGAACCAGCAGCAGCUGAAGAAGCAGCAGCAGCUGAAGAAGCGGCAGCAGCUGAACCAGCAGCAGCAGCUGAAGAAGCAGCAGCAGCUGAACCAACAGCAGCAGCAGCAGCUGAAGAAGCAGCAGCAGCUGAAGAAGCGGCAGCAGCUGAACCAGCAGCAGCAGCAGCAGCUGAAGAAGCAGCAGCAGCCGAAGCAGCGGCAGCUCCGCUCCUCGAUAAAUGUACAGCUCGCUUUGUCAGUCCACUGCUGGCUGAAGGCCUCCCCAUGCCGUGUUGAGUCACGGGCGGGUUGUUUGACCAUACCUCACCUUGCUGGUCAGUGGGGGUUGGUGAAGGGGGUCGGGGCGGCACCGGUUGCAGAUGUCGCUCGCCAGGAAUAUAACGGCCGAGGGCCGAGAAUCGAACUCGGGCCGCCGGGUUCACAGCGCGGGGGGGGCGCGCUAACCGCUGCGCCUCCGCUCGCGUCCCUCCGCGUCCUUCGUCGGAUGACGUCACAUUUACGCGGCGGCAACAUUUUUGUUUUAUUUUAAUUUAUUUGGCCGGGCAAAGCUCGCGCGAGCGUCGCUACGACGUCGGAUUUUAAGGAGCGCGCACCACCACACACCCCCGGUGAUGUUUUGUGACGGUUCCGUUUGUCAGCGGCGUUUUGGUUGGUGGACGUCUGGAGGUCGGUGGGGGUUUUUUUUUUAAGGGGUAGUGGUUGUUGUGGUUGUUGUGGUUGUUGUGGUGGUGGCGAAUGAAAUCUGUCAACAACAACAGCGGAAAUAACACUGGGAUUAAAAUCGUUCUUUAUUUUUCA